AUGUUGGUGGAGAAAGUUUUGGAAUACCUGUACACGGCGAACUACACGCUGAUUCCAGACAAGCAGGAGAUCGUCAACUCUGAUGGUUCCGAGAAUUCGAGCCUUGACGGUAAAUCCGCAUCUCCACGAUGGAAACGUCCCCCGAAUAAAAGAAAAAGAUUCUCAGUCAAGAAUGUGUUCCACUUCUUCGGAAUGAGUGCCAGGCCAAAGACCACCGCGCCCCUCCAUAACCGACUUUUCCAAAGCGCCGUCUACUUCCAUCUCCUCGUGUACGCCGAAGCAGACUACUUCAUGAUCGACGAGCUGAAAGUUAAAGCCGAGGCAGAAUUCUGCAAAGCAUUCGAAAAGCUACUCACAAUCGAACUAGUUUUCAAAAAAGAGUAUGAGGCUCAAUUCACCAUCAGCAAAAUCAUUGGCGAGCUAUACAGCCGCCGUGGCAGCUACAGCGUCUUGAGGGAAAUGGUGCUCGAGCUGAUGCUCAACAAUAUGCCCGGUCUGCGACAGACUAUAUUCAUGGCCCCAACGGAGGGGUGUUUGUUUCUGAGCUUGCAUCCUGAAUUUGCGGCGGAUCUCUGCUGGGGUAUGAUCGAGAAGACGUUUCCGUCUGAUAUGCCUAUAUACUAUCCCACGAUCAUGCCAGAGCAAUUUGCGAGUUGGGAACGGCAAUUUAAGGCGAGGACUGGGCUAUGUUAG